AUGGCAUCUGAAAAGAACACCAAUUAUUCGGACAGCUCAAGCGAAGACAUGACCGAUCGCGAACCGGAGAAAUUCAACGAUGAUAAUACCGGUAUAGGACGUUCCUAUGAAUGUAAUUUCUGCAAGAGAGGCUUCACAAAUGCUCAAGCUUUAGGAGGUCACAUGAAUAUUCAUAGAAAAGACAAAUUGAAGGCCAAGCAAAAUUCUCAUCAUCAAGAAUCUUCUCCUUCUGUUUAUUCAAGAAAAUUCCAAGAAGCUAAUGGCGCUUUUGAUAAUUCGAGGUACCAUGCACCUACUUCAAGUGAGCAACAUCAUAAUUUUCCAACUUCUAGGGCACAAAUGAAUUACUCCCAAUUUUACUUCCAACCUCCAAACCCUAGCUACCAACAUGUUAAUCACCAUGGUGAUUCACGUCAAAAUAAUUUCGGUCUGCAUGACAAUUAUUAUGAUGCUAACCUUAGUCUGAGAAUCGGAUCCACACUUAUUGACGGUGAUGAAGAAGAUCAAGAAGGAGGCAAGAAAGAUGUGGAUGAAAGUGAACUCGAUUUGGAGCUUCGUCUUGGCUAUAAUAAUCACUAA